AUGUCCUCCAAGAACAUCCCCAAGACGCAGACAGCGGCGGUCGUCAGCCAGGGUGGUGUCGACUCUCUCGAAGUCAAGACCGACUUCCCCGUGAAGCAGCCUGAGGAGCUCGCACCAGGCGAGUGCCUCGUCGAGAUGGAGUGCACGGGCGUGUGCCACACGGACUUGCACGCCGCUAAGGGUGACUGGCCCGUCCCAGCGAAGACGCCCCUCGUCGGCGGCCACGAAGGUGUCGGCCGCAUCGUCGCUAUCGGCGCGCAUACCUCCAACUCGCCCGUCAAGAUCGGCGACCGCGUCGGCAUCAAGUGGCUCGCAGACAGCUGUCUCCAGUGCGAGACUUGCAGGAAGGGCCUCGAGCAGAGCUGCAGGAAUAACAAGCUCUCCGGUUUCACUGUCGACGGCACAUUCGCGCAAUAUGUUGUUUCCUACGUCGCACACGUUACGCCCAUCCCCGACGGCAUUGACAGCGAGUCGGCCGCUUCUAUUCUCUGCGCUGGUGUUACGACAUACCGUGCCAUCAAGUACUCGAACACGCACGCCGGCGACUGGAUCGUCCUCCCCGGUGCCGGAGGAGGCCUUGGUCACCUUGCCAUUCAGUAUGCGCGCAACAUGGGUCUCCGUGUCAUCGCAGUCGACACCGGUGCCGAGAAGGAGAAGCUUUGCAAGGACCUCGGUGCCGAGGUCUGGGUUGACUUCAAGACGUCCAAGGACGUUGUGAAGGACAUCGUCGACGCCACGAACGGUCUUGGUGCACAUGCGGCCGUCGUCACCUCCGCUAGCAGCUCCGGCUACGAGCAGGCCAUCGAGUAUCUGCGCGAGGGCGGUACGCUCGUUGCCGUCGGUCUUCCCGGUGCGGCCAAGCUCCAGGCCAGCAUCUUCUUCACCGUGCUCAAGAGCAUCAACAUCGUCGGCUCUUACGUCGGUAACCGCCAGGACGCUAUCGAGGCGAUGGAGAUCGCCGCCAGUGGCGCCGUCAAGUGCAUCUACCAGAAGAAGCCCCUCGCCGAGCUCAAGCACGUGUACGAGGACCUCGAGGCUGGCAAGAUCGCUGGCCGCAUCGUUCUUAACAUGUAA